GUUAGGUACCGUUCCUUUUCAGUUCUCUCGCCACGUUUAUAAACAGCCUUGUCGAACUGUACUGUGAUUGUGAUUCAAAUUAAGUAUUUUAGUAGUGACAGUGAUCGUAUAAAUUAUAAUAAAUUUCAUUAUUCUUUCAACAUGAGAACGUGUGUUUAUUGUAAAACCCGAUACGAAAAGGGCAGUGCCGUCACUUUUCACAAGUUCCCCUCCGAUCACACUUUGAAACUUUGGUUAGAAAACAUGAAUAUUGUUAAUUGGAUUCCAAAAAGCCAUGAUUGUCUUUGUUCUAAACAUUUUACCGAUGACUGUUUUAUUAAACAUCAGUCACGGACCACUUUGAAUAAAUUCAGUAUACCCACAAUAUUUCUUGAAACUGAUUCGUCCUUGGUCACUGCACAGUCUGAGAUGUCGUCAUCCAUGCAAGUCGAGUUACCCAAUUUUGACUUUACACAUCAUACUAAAACAGCAGAAACUGAUUCAUCCUUGGUCACUGCACAAUCUGAGAUGUUGUCAUCCAUGGAAGUCGAGUUACCCAAUUUUGACCUUACACAUAUACCUAGUACAGCAGAAACUGAUUCAUCAUUGGUCACUGCACAAUCUGAGAUGUCCAGUCCAGUUCCAAGUACAAGUUACACCACAAGCCAUUGUAGAACACCAAAAAAAUCUAGAACUCAUGCGGAAAUCUGUGCCAGUAUCAAGUUGGAUCACCGAUACGAAAGCACUCCAAAAUCAUCCAAAAAGGAACUUCAGAGGGUCAAAAAAGCUUUAAAAAUGUCCCAAGCCCGAGUUAAAGUUUUGUCUCAAAAUGUAAAAUUGUUAAAACUUCGCGUGUCUAGCUUAAGAAUAGUAAUUGCAGAUUUAAAAAAGAAAAAGCAGGCUUGUGACGAUUGUGUAUACGUGCUAAAUCAGUAUGAUGAUUUUAAACCUCAGCUUUUUCAAAGAAUGAGCAAGAAUGUGAAACGUGCUAAGUAUGCUCCAGAAUUAAGAUCAUUUGCCAUUACUCUACAUUUCUACUCACCGAAAGCCUAUUCCUAUGUGCGUAAAAAAUUUGACUUGGCUUUACCUCAUCCUCGUGUGAUUCGCUCAUGGUAUAGUUCCAUUGAUGCUAAUCCAGGUUUCUCCGUUGAAAGUUUUAAUGCUUUGCGAUAUAAAAGUGAAUUUGCAAAACAGAAAGGAAAAAAACUAAUAGACUAUAAUCACUGACCUCUAUAAUACACUGGACAGGCUAUGCCGUACAAAAUG